AUGGCAACUAAGUACGCCGUAGCUCAUGAGUCUCCCAACGGCCCUGGAGACAGCCGUCCCACGGCCCUCCGAAUCAUUCAAGAUGAGCAUCUCGAGGGAAAUCUCGCAGACAAAGUCAUCCUUAUCACGGGCUGCUCCUCCGGUCUAGGAAUCGCGACUGCACGCGCACUAGCAAAGACAGGCGCCAAGCUCUUCGUCACAGCGCGCAAUCCACAAAAGGCAAAAGUCGCCCUCGGCAAUCUCCUAGAGUCCGACAGGAUCCAACUCCUAGCACUAGACCUCAACUCUUUGGCCAGCGUCCGAGCCUCCGCUAGCGAGUUCCUGGCCCAGAGCCACCAAAAACUCAACAUCCUUAUCACCAACGCCGGCGUAAUGGCAACACCGGAAGGCAAAACUGCCGACGGCUUUGAGUCCCAAUUCGGCAUUAACCACCUCGCCCACUUCCUUCUCCUCCAGCUCCUGAAGCCUGCCCUUUUGAGCUCCUCAACCCCUACCUCGCCUUCCCGCGUGGUCUUCGUCUCCUCCGUCGCCCACCGCAUUUCAACCGUGCACAUGGACAAUAUUUCUCUAGCGGGUGAAUACGAGCCCUGGAUAGCCUACGGGCAAAGCAAAACCGCCGUUAUCUGGACGGCCAACGAGGUCCAGCGCCGAUACGGAUCGAAAGGCCUCCUCGCCUUCAGUCUGCACCCUGGAGGUAUCACUACGGGUCUCCAGCAACACGUUCCCGACGAAGUGCAGCAGAAUUGGGGGGCUGACAGGUCAUUUGCGCUAAGGUGGAAAAGUGUCGAGCAGGGUGCUGCCACUACUGUCUGGGCGGCUGUUGCUAAGGCCUUGGAGGAUCGGGGCGGGAAUUAUCUCGAUGAUUGUCAGAUUGCGGGUCCGCAUGAUCCUGAGACUGGGCUCAUGGGUGCUGGAUAUGCGCCCUGGGCUUACGACGAGGUGAAUGCGGCGAAGUUGUGGAAUAUUUCGAUGAAGAUGGUUGGAUUGGAUGGGGAGAACUGA